CCAUCACACACUCAGGACAGCGCGCACAACUGAUCAACAGGCACUUGUAGGAGUAAAACAUGGCAUUUGUUUCCCAGAGAGAGACGAGCGAGACUUACACCUUCUCCAGCCGUCCCAGAGCUGUGGAGAGGCGAGCCCGCUACAGAGAGGAGCCCUCAGAGCAGACUCAAAGCCACUAUGGAAAUAUCAUGUACGACCGCCGCGUGGUCAGAGGAAAUACCUAUGCCCAGCGCAUUCUACCCACUACCACUCAAGCCGAGUUGGCAGAGAUGCAGAGGCAGCAGGAGCAGAGGAGGAAAGCUGUUGCCCGGAGAAGAGCUCGUGAGCAAGUCCGAGUGAAAACUCCAGAGGCUCUGCAGGGCCGACAGCACAUAGAGGUCCAGACUGAGCUGUACCUGGAGGAGCUGAGUAACAUAGUGAUGGAGAGUGAUGCGCAGUGUCAGACAGAGGCUUUCCUGGACAGACCGAACACUCCUCUGUUUGUCCCAGCCAAGUCUGGUGUGGACGCGGAAACUCAGAUACAGGAUGGAGAGCUGUUUGACUUUGACCGGGAGGUGCAGGGCCUCUUGGAGGUGUUGGUGGGGAAAGUGAUAGAGCAGUCUCUGUUAGAGGUGAUGGAGGAGGAGGAGCUGGCCUGUCUGCGAGCUCAGCAGAGAGCAUUUGAGGAGAGACGGAACGCACAACUGUGUGAAGUCCAGAGACUACAGGAACAGGAGAGGAGGCACAUGGAGGAGAAGGAGCGGAGAAUUGCUCAGCAGAAGGAAGUCUUGAAGAAAGAAAAGGAAAUAGCGCAGAAGAUUGCGGCUCGGGCGUACACACAGCAGCACCUGGCCAACCUGGUCCCAUCCAUCUUCACGUCUUUGCGAUGCCACGGUUUCUUUGUCGAUACAGUGCAAACAGAUGUUGAAACCAAUUUCAUGCCAUGGUUGAUGAAUGAGAUUCACUCAGUGUUGGAUAAGAGAUAUGCAGCCAGAUCUGUGUUGGAUGAUAUAAUAAAAGAGGUGGCACUGAAGCGACUUCCUGAAGGGACAGACCUUUAG